GACUCUGGGAAUUGAAUGUUCAAUGUUAAGAGGAAAGAGAAUUUCCUUUUUGCAUAUGAAGCCACCUGUUUCUGGUUGGACAGACAUUCAAAAAGUUUCUUUGUUACGUGUGAUAUCUCUGCAGGGACUCCAGCUGCUGAAGGCUUGACUGCAAAAUGUGCUGACAUUUUUGCAAGGAAAAGUUCAAGUGGAUUGAGAGGUACAGGAUGGGUAGAUGAUAGAUGUUCACUAUUGUCAGAAGGUACUGCUAGAGUAACUCCCAACUUUUCAAGACCAGAAGUCUUGGGUCCUGCUUCAAUGAUCCAAGAAGCCCAUUUCUCUAAAGAACCAUCUUCAGCAUCAGACAUGAAAACCUGGAGUAGCCUUUUUCCUGAUAUUACUUCCUAUGAGAGGUGCUUCACACAACUUGAUUCAUGUACAACUGAUCCUGCAGUUUCAUAUGCAUCUGUUAUAAAUUCUAACCCAACACUAUGCUUUGGAGCAAGGGCCAGUGGAACAAAUGUGUCAGCUCUAUUGACGAGUCCAUCAAGAAAUGUGAGUUUCAGUCAGCAGCCUGGGGAUUCAUUUGACAAUGAUGAAUCUGCUGGGAGUAUUACCUCCAACAUAAAGCAGCCUUUCAUCCAGACAAGUUACAACGGUGAAGAAGCUUAUGGUCAUACAUGUGUUGGUAGAAAUGAUUAUGUUGUUGAUCCUUUUUCAGUAAAAACAGAUGCGCCAUCUAAACAGAAAUCUCUUGUUGUCGAUUCAAUAGAUCGGUUGAAGGGAAAAUCUGAACUUCACGCCAAUCAUUUCAAACUCUCUGAUGCUUGCAACGUAGUAUCUGAAGGUUCUGGAACAGCUGAUUCUGCUAAUAGAUCUUCAGACACUUUUGAUCAGUUUAACCCUGCUGUGGAUUCCCCCUGUUGGAAAGGUGCUCUAUCAUCUCAUCAAUCUCCAUUUGGAGUUACUGAAGUGAUGUCUCCAUAUUUUCCUGUAAAGGAGUUUGAAGGAUGUAAUGGUUCAAAUCUUGGAGGGCCUCAUAUUCUUGCUGUCAAUACUGAUGAAGCUGUAGCUGUUUCGUUGCAAGGGGACUUGAUACCCAAUGAAAAAGCAAUUGGUGAAGAUUGUUUAUCACCCUCGUCUAAGGGAUUGUCAUCAGUUGGUAAUUUUUCAUCUGUGGAAUAUGGAUUAAAAGAUUCUGUCAAAGCAGCACCUUAUCAUUCAAAAGUGAACAUUGAGAAUGAGACACUAUGUUCUGAUGGCAAGCAAGAACCGACUCAACCAAGAAAAGAACAUGGUUCGUCGAUCUACUCAAAAAGAAUCUCGGAACUCAAACCUUCUCACAUGAAGCAAAUUAGACAUUGGAAUAACAUUACAACGUCGGCAGAACUUCCUACCUCAGAGGCAACAAUGGUAAAUUUUGGAAUGGAUAUCAAGAAUUCAGCACAGGAUGGGCCAUCUUGUGUGCAAUUCCAUGCCGUGGAACAUGCCUCAAGUUUACCUUUCCCUGCAGCUAGUGUUCCUGUUGGGCUUGUUAAACAAGUUGGAGGAGCAUCUGACACCGAAGCUGAUGGUCUAGUUGCAAAAAGCAAUAUUAGGCUGCUGGUUAAUGCUAUGUGUAACUUAUCAGAAUUACUUCUUUCUAGUUGUUUUAGUGAUGUAGAGGCAUUGAAGGAACAAGAUCAUGAGGCUCUUCAGCAUGUAAUCAACAAUCUUGAUGCAUGUCUCUCAAAGAAGGUUGGAUUAAUUAGACCAUUGCCCCAAUUUCCUGAGUCAAGCACUUGCUGCCUUCGAAAUCUACCUGAUCCUCAAAAGGUCUCUGGGACAUGCAGAUCCCAGGUCAAUAGUGUAGAGGCAGUCAAUGUACAUAGUCAGAAUGACCUCGAGGGGAAAAUGCAUUCUUAUGUUUCCAACAAGCAAGGUAAUAAAUUGGAGGAUUUUGUUUCUAUGGAGGAUGAGAAAGGCAUUGAGAUAGAUCAUGACAUGACCCAGGCUAUUAAGAAAAUUAUGAAGGAGAAAUUUGACAAUGAAGAAACUCAUCCACAAACAAUAUUAUUUAAGAAUUUAUGGCUCGAGGCAGAAGCUGCAUUGUGUUCUAUCAAAUAUAAAGCCCGCUAUGCCCGCUUGAAAACAGAGAUGGAGAAAUGCAACAGAGACCAAGAGAAAGGAAAGCCUAUUGAUACUGGGGUACAUUUGAACCCUAAGGUUUCUCAUGAACCAACGGUUGAUGACAUGUUAAUACAGGAGAUUGAGGAGAAUGCAGUUCCAGAUAAAUCUACUCAGGAGACUCCAACAGGUAUUGCUGGUCAGGCUGAGGAUGUGGAGACUUGUGUUACCAAUCAGGCUGAGGACAUCGAGGCUUCUGUUGCCAGUAAGGCUGAGGACAUGGAGUCUUCUGUUAUGGCCAGGUUUAAUAUUCUGAAAUGCCGAGUUAACAAGAGUAGUUCCAUGAAUAAAGGGCAUCUGCUGGAUUCAACUGGCAUUGGAGCCCAUCCAGGAAAAGUGGAGACAGUGUCUAGCCCAUGUCACAGUGGAACAAAAAACAUUAGGAUGAGCACCCAACCUAUAAAGAUAGUUGACGUGGGUUUUUCAGAUAGGAGAAAGCCUUGGCCAUUUAUAAGAGACAGAUCAGAAGGUGGAUGUCUGGAAGUGGCAAUUAAACCUGACUUGCAGCAUGAAGGAACAAAUUGCAGUAAAGUGAAAAUUGGAUUGGAUUCAGUUGUUCCUGAGCAGCAAGUCACAAUGAAAGAGUUUGGGGUUUGUGUUUCUGAUGAGCUGAUCAAUACUUUUAUGCUAAACAGGGAAGGGAGUCAGUGCGCAGGUGGUGGAUUUGAUAGCCCAUCGUCUGAUUGGGAGCACGUACUGAAAGAGGAGCUGAAGUGGCAGAACUGACAGCCAAUCCCCAAUCAAAGUGUUUCAAACAAUAGGAGUUAGAUGGGAGGCUUGAACUCGAUUGGGUGUGAAUAUUGUUGAAGUAUAUAUCUGUAUAAAGCUUUUAAAACCUGUAUGCAUUUGAACUUCUGGAGCAUAUGGCUUCCACUUCCUAUGAACUUUAUUUGCUUUGUUCGAGUCAAAACUUGGUUUUGCUAUUGGCGUUCUGGAUUAUGUAGCCGCUGGCACUGAGUACUGUGAGUUUGUGUGGUUCUUCAAGUAAACUCAACAGGAUUUUCUUUCUCCAUUUACUACA